CCUCCUCAGAACCCUCGAGGGAAGCCAGGCGGAGGGCCAGGAUGGAUGAGGACUUCUCCUCUCAGAUGAAGAAGAUGGCCUUGGCUAUGGGCACGUCCCUGUCGGACAAGGACAUAGAGCUGCUGCCCACGGACAUGAGGCAUCACGGCUCCUUCAACUACCUCAAGUUCCUGGAGUACAUGCAGAAGUUCCAGGCCUCGGGGCAGCUGGACAGCGCCAUCCGCCAGGCCUUCCAGACCCUGGACAAGGACAAGAGUGGCUUCAUCGAGUGGAAUGAGAUCAAGUACAUCCUCUCCACCAUUCCCAGCAGCGGGCCCACCGCCCCGCUGACAGAUGAGGAGGCUGAGGCCAUGAUCCAGGCGGCCGACACGGACGGGGAUGGGAGGAUUGACUUCGAAGAAUUUUCUGAAUUGAUCAAAAAGGAGAAAGUUCCAAAGAAGAAGUAG